GCACGUUAAAUUACCGGCCCAUUUGCCUUCGUCAUCCUGCGCAUUACAUAGUCAUGUCAAUAAUUAGCCACUCCCACUGUGAAGCAAGGAGGAUAGUGGAGGCCUGGAUUCUUUGUGACUAUGAACUGGCUCUUUCGGAAAUAAUCGAGCACAUCGAAAAAUACUGGGAUGAUCGGUCAUAUUCCUUUACUCGUUGCAAUCGAGCGGUUAUGAUUCAUUCAAUGGAAACUGAAAACAAUCAGGAGUCACAAGAGCUUUUGCUAAGUAACUUGUAAAAUUUGAUAGAUCAGCAUUGUAUUUGCAAUUCCCUUUAUUCAAGGGCGAUCAGUACCGUCAAGACUUGACUCAAGAGCCACCGUGGGUCCGUUGUCCGAGAAACACUACAUCAGAGUGAACUACGGUGUGGAACGGAUUUGUCACAAAAGGCGGAACGAAUUGAUGGUAAACUUGAAAGGGAAGGAUGUGGUGAAGACUGUCAAGGAAGCACAGAAUCGACUUAUCAAAGAUACGCAUGAGAAUCCCUGCCUCAUGGUACUCGAAGGAAGAAGCGCGCUUUCUACCGAGUUCGGGACAAGUCCGAUUCAGCGAUUUUCAUUCAUAGACGCUUGACUUUGCCUCCCGCAAGUAAGGUGCUUUUGCAACCCGAGCUAACUGCGACUGCCAUUCCACUAAACCACAAGCUUGCACGCAGUGGACGAAGAUAUGGAAAUUGCAACACAAGGAAAAGAAAGAAAGAAAAAAGAAGAAAGGGAAAGAAUAAAAAAGAUGGAUGUGGUGGUAGCUGGCGAGCGAAUAGCAAUGACCUCAGACUGGUCUACAGCAUGCUCGGAUCGAUAGAUUCAAAUCGAUGACAGUAACGAAUUGACUUGGAUUACUGAGAAUAGUAUUCAAGUAAUUGCCACUAGAGGAUCGACUGGAUGAAAUGAGUCAACUUUCUUUUAGCUGCUUCGAGCUUUGUGAAUCAUGAGCUCUACUCCGACUUUGAAUAUGGACGCCUGUUGCCCAAUUCCCGCCAAGAAACCUCACUUGGACCAGCUCAUCCCGGACAUACGACCGGCCUGUACUUACGGCAGUCAGUGUUAUCGGAUCAACCCGGAGCACUUCGCCGCUUAUUCUCAUCCAGACUCUCAUCCGCGUGUUAAACUGUCGAGCUCCUCCAUAGCUCAGACUACGAAAAAUACCGGCGAACGCACUGCGGUUGAUUCUCUAGAUCAAUACGGAUUUUACUUGUUUCGCGUUCACGGAUUAACUUACGGACGUAUCCCCACCACACACCUCAAAGAUGUUUUGCAUCCCAAACAUGGCGAACUGGUUUCGUCCGUACAGUUCAACUACAUGUUUGACGUGGAUUGGCUUGUGGAACAGUACCCGAAGGAAUUCAGCCCACAUUUUUACUUACUCUUUGACAUUGGUAUUUAUGAUCAUAAUGCAACCACUUUUGAGUUGGUCUGCCCUUCUACACAGACUCGUGGCACAGAUUCAUCUGAUUCACCAUCCUUUCCGCUUCCGUAUGACCUCCCGCUGACAUCGUACGAGGAUAACGACCAACCUUGGCUGUGCGAUGUUGUGUACAACGAACCCGACGUAUUUGGACGCACAUGGAGACCGCGUUGAUUUUGCCUGCUUUUCUCCGAACUUGUCCCCAUCCUUUUAUUUCAUCAGAUCUUCUGAUCUACUGUCAAUUUGUAUACACCACGACUUGUCCGGUUAAAUAGUCCAAUAGAAGUGGGUGUAAAAUUUCAGAUUUAUGCAUUUCAUAAAAACGCAUUUCUACUUCAUGGUAACUUGCCUUUCAUCUGUGAACUUCGAGUCAAUUAUUUCCCUGGAACACUGCCUUGGUGGUCUUCGUGAUCACUGGGGGUCCUCAACUGCUCUUCGGCAAACUUGGUGUUUUUGGAUUUACAACCGGCAAGCCCAUGAGCGCAUCGGCUGACACGUAGAGUUGGUGUUCAGUCCUUCUAUGAUCAUGCGUCUCCUAACUGUGUUGCACGUCUCUAUUUAAAGAACGUUUUAACAGAAUAUGGCAACCUUAUUUCCGCAUGGCCUCUGACUAUUCCUUUCUCCAGAAUGUACCAUGCUUCUAGCAUUUAUUUGGAGUACUCUCUUCUGCACAAUAAGCAGUUGUGUGA